AUGACAACCUCCCAACAAACCACCUACCUCAACGCCAUCCACGGCACCUCCACCACCCUAACCCCCACCACCAACGCCAACCAACCCGGCACAAGCGCCAACACCAUGGGCUCCACCACCGCCUCAGGCCAUGGCUCACACCCGCACGACCACCCCCGCAACGGGGCCCCCAUCCUACCCACGCGCGGCAUCGGACCACCCCAGGCCGAGCUCGAGGGGGAGCAGAUGGCGGAUCCGGGGGAGGGGGCGGUGAUGGACGCGCAGCUGGGGAAGAAGAGCGCGGGGUGGGGGGAGGAAGAUUCGUUGACGAGGGAGAUGGAGAGGAAGAAGAGGGAGCAGGAGGGGGAGAGGGGGAGGUGGGGGGAGGAGAGGAGGUGGGGGAGGGAUGUUGAUGGUGGGGGGGAGGCGAGGGGGGUGGAUGAGGAUACGGGCGCGGUGUAG